GGGCAGAAAAACAGUAGAUUCAUAAUCAAGAUAUUUUAGUAACAAUAAGAAAAUCGGAAAAAUAGAUCUGAUCUUUAGUUUAACGGUCGCUUGGGGCAGAGCUAGCUGGGGGAGAAGAAACAGCCGGGGGCUGUAGGAUCUUACAGUGCUGCUUCCCUUCUGACAGGGCAUCUUCCAGUCUGCUGUGAGGGCUGGAGAGGAACCCAGAGCGCAUUAGGGCCCCGGAGAAAGACGGCGCGGCAGGCAGGUAGCCUGGUGUACUGGCUGGAGCUCACAUACAGGCAGAGAGAGGCUGCUGGGGGCCCGAUGCCAGAGGCAGGCUCUGCGCUCGCUCUCAGCAGAUCCCGGGACUGACUCCAGCAUCACUUUAAUGGGAAGCGGAUGGCGAUGGCAGCGGCAGCCCAGCAAGUAAAGAAACCGCAAGCGCGGCUCUAAAGGCUGCUCCCGCCUCUGGAUGCUCCCGCUCACACCUUCCACACGCCAGGACCGAGCCGCUGCAGGGGGGCUGGGGCGGCUUUGCUGUGGGUUCCCCUGGGCGCUGCAGCCCCCACUCCGCACCGCUGUGUGUGUUGCUGCUGCUGCCGCCCCCGGACCCCCGUCCCCGCCUGCCUCUCCCGGGCGGCUGGCAGAGCAGCAGCUGCUGAGGCUGGAAGUUUUCCUGGCAGCGCUGGGCUCCUCCGCCAGCCAGUCCCCACCUCCCCGCCGCGCGCUGGAGAGGAGCCGCGGCCGCUGCUGAGGGCAAGGCGGGGGGAAGCGCCGAGCCCAGCCGUCUUCGCUCGGAUUCCGCAGCCUGGCCCGCCCCGAGGGGGAGGCAGCCGCCGGCCGGCCGGAGUCCCGGCAUGCUGAAAGUCACCAUGCCCUCCUCGUCCUCCAGCUCCUCCGCCGCGGGCAGGGCGCCCGACUACUGGAUCGACGGCUCCAACAAAGACACCCUGGCGCAUUACUUCGAGCUGGAGUCGGAGCUGGGACGUGGUGCUACAUCCAUUGUCUACAGAUGCAGGCAGAAAGGAACCCAGAAGCCUUACGCCGUCAAAAUGUUGAAGAAAACUGUAGACAAGAAAAUUGUCCGAACUGAAAUAGGUGUUCUCCUUCGCCUCUCACAUCCAAACAUUAUAAAACUGAAGGAGAUAUUUGAAACCCCCACAGAAAUCAGUCUUGUUCUGGAGUUGGUCACAGGAGGGGAGCUAUUUGACAGGAUUGUGGAAAAAGGAUAUUACAGUGAGCGAGAUGCUGCCAAUGCUGUUAAACAAAUCCUGGAGGCAGUUGCUUACCUGCAUGCAAAUGGGAUUGUUCACCGUGAUUUGAAGCCAGAGAAUCUACUCUAUGCAACACCAGCACCAGAUGCACCAUUAAAAAUAGCUGAUUUUGGGCUUUCCAAGAUUGUGGAAGAUCAAGUGACUAUGAAGACAGUUUGUGGAACUCCAGGGUACUGUGCACCAGAGAUUCUACGUGGAUGUGCUUAUGGCCCAGAGGUGGACAUGUGGUCUUUGGGAAUAAUCACCUACAUCCUACUUUGUGGAUUUGAACCAUUCUAUGAUGAAAGGGGAGACCAGUACAUGUUUAAAAGAAUUUUGAAUUGUGAAUAUGACUUUGUGUCCCCCUGGUGGGAUGACGUGUCUCUAAAUGCCAAGGAUUUGGUUAAAAAGUUGAUUGUGUUUGAUGCUAAGAAGCGCCUCACGACCUUUCAAGCUUUGCAGCACCCUUGGGUCACAGGAAAGGCAGCCAAUUUUGCACAUAUGGACAAUGCACAAAAGAAACUUCAAGAAUUCAAUGCUCGGCGUAAACUUAAGGCUGCGGUGAAAGCUGUUGUGGCAUCAACGCGUCUUGGGAGUGCAAGUGGUCACAGCAGCCACGACAGCAAUAAGCCCAGCCGUAAUCCAUCUCCAGUGCAAGACAGUGAACCUGAAGAGAAACCUACUCAGGAAGGAGAAGCAGCAUCUGAAGAGAAGCCUUAGGUCAUCUGCUUUCUUCUUUCAGCUGAGAUCUGUCAUUUCAUGCACCAGCUAUCUUGCCAUUCAGCAAGAAAGAUUUGUAAGCCUGGCCUCUCUGAUGGCUCUGCUUUGGAGUGCAAAAUGCACCAGCUGGUGGUCCUAACUUCAAUGCAUGUGACUGCUUAUGAAAAUAGUAAAUUGUCGCAUCAGGCAUGUCAUGGAUACAGUGUUAUUUGCCGUAAUACCAACAAGUGAAACAUGAGAGUGAGUAAAUACUACUUACAUUAAUGCAUACACUUCAUAUACCUUUAGAGAGUGUUUAGAGGUGACGUUUGAAAUGAAUACUAGUUAGUUUUGUUUUACAGAAGUAGGCAUCUUCUAGAGAUCAUUUAUUUGAAACUGUUUCCUUUCCAAAUCAUAAUCCCACAGUAAAUGAAUGGGAACUGAUGUCAAGCCAAUGCUUUUAAAAUGACAUUUGAAAUGUUGAGCUUUUUAUCAGUAAUAUUUAUAAAGUGUUUACAAGGAGAAUAUACUAUAGAGAUUUAUAUGCAAAAACAUUCCACUAAUCCUGGUAAGAAAUUGAAAUAUUAGUUCUAGUGGCCAUGAAACUAUAUGUUCCUCAAGUUCGUGUUGAGAAUGCCUUACUCUAACAGUUUAUACACAGUAUUUUAAUGAUAACCAAAAUUAUUCUGAUUUCUGCCGUUUCAUUCUUUAGUAAAUGUUAGCAAAACAAAAUGAUAGACUAGUAUCAAAUAUGAUUAAGGUAGUUGGAACUUUUUAAGAUGCCAUUGUAUUUAUUCAUUACUUUAUAAAGCCGUGCAGCUAGAAAAUGUUUUUAUGGGGAAAAUCUGCAAUUACAUAAGUUCUAAAUACUUGAAGAAAGCUAUUCUACUGCAGGGUGAUUUUACUCUGGGGAGGCACUCAUCACCGUAAAGAACCUAGAUGGAUGAAUAGAUACAUACAACCCAGAAGCUUGACCUCAUGAGUAACUAGUUUUCCAUCAUUCAGUAUAGACUUAAUGAGUCCAGAUUUUACUAAUAAAGGAGCCAGUCCUGUAAAAUGAUCUCCAUGGGCAGAUCCCUGCACCUGUGUGCAUAGGUGCUGGAACCAGAGUUGCUGAGGGUUCUGGUGCACCUGGGCUUGAAGUGGUUUCUAUCAUAUACAGGGUUUACAGUUUGGUUCAGUGACUCAGCACCCCCACUACACAAAUUGUUCCAGCGCCUCUGCCUGUGGGGAGCUCCCAUGAUGCCAGUUAAGAUACGUGGGUAUGGAUCCGCUUGUAGGAUCAGGGCCAAGCUCUUUAUCUUACUUUGAUCAUAAUUGAUAUGAACUGAAAACUGAUCAGCAUCAAUAUAUAUUUGUUAAUUAUUUUGAUAGUACCUGAAUUUCAUAAUGCAUUGGUAUAUU